CUAUUUAUUUGUAAAGUACCAAAUUCAGAGAAAUCAAGCUUUAAUUUUUUUUUUGAAACCACAGCUCUUGAAAUAACCUACAGCUGUACAAGUGCUCUGAAGAGCCAAAUAUCCAAAGCAAUUUUUUAGUGUUUUCCAUAAAAUUCUACUGCAAUAAAAUCUAAAUCAACAACAAAAAGUUUACAGAUUUUUUUGUACAGCAAAAAUUUUAAAGCUACCACUAUUACCAAUUAGACCCUAUAAUAUAUCAAAACCAUAUAAUACACUGACAAUAAAUUAAAUGGCAUCCAUGUGAGCUGAGCGAGCAAUUACAACAAAUAGAAGAAAAAAAAUAUCUAUCUAAUGAAACAAUCUAGAUCAAGCUAAUAAUCAAUGGCAAUAUCUCACGCCUUGCAGGCUUUGCUUCUUCUUCUUCUGUCACUUUUUUUCUUACCACCUGCUUUGGGUGCCUUCGUCAAUUUUACGAACUGUGCGGUAAUGAAAUCAGAGCGUCGCGUCAAUGUCACUAGUGUUAGGAUCAAUCCAUACCCGCUUGGUCUUGGCGAUGCAGGUGCGACCUUUACGAUAACCGCUGAUACAACCUUUAACGUAACAGCGAGAAAUAUAGUGUUAGAUACGCACAGUGUACCAUUGAUGCUUAAUAGGGUGCGAAAAAACUACUCCCUCUGUAAUGUGACGGCAUGCCCUGUUACACCUGGCCCUAUUGUGUUUGUUUUUCCUAUCUUUAUACCCAGGAGUUCUUAUAUAUACUUACACCGCAGAGUGAAUAUUGGGCUGCAAUAAGGAUGCACGAGACUGGAUUAAACCAGAUUAUGUGCGUCAGCUUCAAAUAUCCGAUCCUUAGUUGGACUUUUUAACGAGUCUCUCUGGUUAUUCCUUGUAUUUCGUAAUCUUCCCUUUUUUACCUAUUCGUGUUGUCCGACAAUAAAUAAGGGUUGUUGUAUACACACGUACACCCUUGACCCCAUGUCCAUGUUAUGUAAUGUAUCUCUGAUUUUAUUUGGUUUGCACC